CAGCUUCCAGUUUUAUCCUACUGCAGCAAAAUCGGGAGAUUUUAGGAGUACAUCCCGACUAACCCAAUUUCCCGAAUCUCAUGGUGACACUUACUGCCGGCCCUGGGUGAUAUCAGAUGACCAGUAUCUCCACAGUUCACGACCCCUUCUCAUCUUCAUAGCGACAAUCUCCCCAAUCUGCCUCCCUCGCAUGGUCUUCACUGCCUCCCUGUCUCAUCCGAGCGCUCUUCCUAAAGCCAUAUACAGCUCUAAAUGAAAACACCUCUGCGAAGCAAGCAGGGCUGCUGGACUUGCCGUCUGCGAAAGAAGAAAUGCGACGAGAGACAACCGGUCUGCGCGGUGUGUGAGUCUCUGUUGAUUACGUGCUAUGGCUAUGGCCCAAAACCGGAGUGGAUGGAUGAUGGGGAGGAAGAAAAGGCCAUGAUCAGCAGCAUAAAACAUAUAGUCAAGCACACUUCGCGACGCAGAGGGCGGCGAGACACUCCGCAAACACAGAUUCAGCGGGUCGACAACGAUCAAAGCGUCCAGAACCUCGCACCCACGCCGGUUUCUAAGGUGCAGGGGGCUUCUUCACCAAACCUCAAGUCGAGUGUUGAUUCCCAAGCUGCCGCUCGAGACGAGCAUUCUCAAAUGCGGUCAAUUGGGAGCUCCAUUAACUCCAUCCCCGAGUCGUCGGCGAUCCCAGCUAGUGAAGCAGUACUUCUGAUGCAUUUCUUGGAUAACGUCUUCCCUUUGCAGUUCCCAAUGUACCAAUCAGGAAUCGCUGAAGGCGGGCGAGGCUGCUUUCUUUCUCUCAUACUUCGCAAGAAACCUCUACUCCAUGCGGUUCUAUGUCUCAGUGUUUAUCAUAGGGAGACAGUGUUAGCAGCAUCAUCUGCUCCGCACGGCGAAGUUAACUGGGACAGGCUUGAGGAGCACCACGCGAUCUGCUUAGCAGAGCUGCAAAAGGCCAUUGGAAAUAUGGACCGAUCGGUGAGCGAAAGUUGCACAAAGGAUGGUCUAGGUAUCGCAGCUUCAAUGAUGCAGCUCAUUUUUUUCGAGCUUUUCGUAGGCAAGACCAAUAUGUGGCAGAUGCAUCUUCGUGCGGCUACAGAUCUUCUAGACGAAGGAUAUAGCGGGCAAUCGGCUCUGCUCAUCAAGUUUUUAACAGCACCAGAAGCAAACGGAACCUCGGAUGCAGAGCCACUGGAAUAUGAUCCCCCAAGUCCCGAGCAGGAAGUGAUGAUGAAACUCUUUGUUGGGGUGGUAAUUUGGCUCGACAUCAUCGCCAGCGUCACGACAGGGACCACACCUCGUCUGCUCUCUUUGCACCGUUUCGUUCUGUCUCCUGGCUCUCAAAUCCAAUUGGAAAAUAUCAUGGGCUGCCAAAACUGGCCGAUGCUUCAAAUCGCUCGCAUUGCCGCACUGCACGAAUAUAAAUAUCAGGCGCUUCGGGACGGCUGCUUUGAAACGGCCAAAUUCGAGUCAACGGCGGACGACAUCAAGAAGAUUCUUCGACGAGGACUGUCCGAGGGAUUCUUGAGAUACCUAACCGUCUCGGAUUCCGAUCCCGACCCGGUACACAGUGCAGACAUACCUCUACCACUCCUGAUCACCCAUCUGUUUGCACUAACAGCAUGCAUAUACUUACAUGUGGUUGUUUCCGGAUUCCAAAUUGAUGGGGAGGAUUUGAAGUCGACACUUGCUGAAGCCAUGAUGGUUAUUCGUGAAAAGAUCCCCCAGAACAUGUGGCACGUCAUCGUAUGGCCGUUAUAUGUCACGGGGACCGUCGCAAGCGAAGAGGAAAAGGAGCUCUUUAGAAGCAUUUUCCGCUCUCCUCCGCUGCUAAAUCCAUCGCUGGAGCAUCGACGAAGGAUCUUGCCUCUCUUGGAAGAGACGUGGUGUAUGAGAGAAACGACUGCUAGGUGGUGGGAUUGGGAAAGCAGCGUCCGGCCGUUGAACAACAGCCUUCUGCUUCUAUGAGUAGGACCAAUUCUGUUGUCGCAAUAUUUGAGUUUUCUUUUAGCCUUCCUCAAUAUUAUUACAUAGAUUAAAUUCAUAUAGUAGCUGCCCACAAUAGGGACACACAUACCUAGUACUGGAAGAUAUAGUAGCCA